AUGCCUCCCUCUCCGGCCGCUUACCUCCUUCUUCACCUCUUUCUGCGACUUUCAGCCAAAGACUGCUGGCAAUGUUUGCAGCAGGCGGGAGCACAGUCUGUUUACGGGGAAAGAUGCAAGCAAUGCAAAUGGUGCAAUUGCAGGUUUUGUUUGGAAGACAACAAGUGCGUCGGGCAGCCUGAUAGGACAAACUGCACGAAACUCGUUGAUGUAAGUUCUAAUCUUGUCACGUGCUUCUUCUGAAUACGUCAUUCAGUUGCUCUUGAACUGCCCUUCGCUGCCUGGCCUACAGUAUUCUUACGACGAUGAGUUCGUCAGGUAUACGAUAGUUCCAGUGGUGGCAGCAGCCAGAAGCAAUGAUCCGCAGACAUGUCUUGAGUACGUUCAGUCACCCAACCAACCUCUCAGAGUUUAAUGAAUCCAGCAAUCAUCUACCCACAAUGACAGUGUACAAACGCCGCGAAUCCAACUGUUCCUCUCUUUUCUCCGAUGUCACUUGCUCCGGAUACACUGCAUUCGAUCACUCGAGAAAAGUCGUCUCCGUCACAUUCCGUGGUUCGCAUGGAACUCAUCAGUACUACGAUUUGUACAAAAUUGGCAACAACAAGUAGCAACUGUCAUAGUGAUUACUCAAAAACGUUCGUUUUCAGCGGCACUGUGCCGUUCUUCAACAUCGGACGGGUGACUAAAGUGUUCUCCGACAACUUUUACUCGAUUUGGGACAGCGGAGUGGGGGAAGAUCUGCAGAUUCUUCUAGAUUUGUACCCAGAAUAUGAGCUUUGGGUGUGCUGGAUUCGUUUCCAUCUUUCCAUCCUUUUCUCCAGGUCACUGGCUAUUCGAUGGGCGCAUCGAUCGCUCUGAUCACUUCUGCGUUCAUCGCUCAAACAGGAAUGAGCCAUCCGUUUAACAUGAAGGUGAUCCUGCUCGGCUGUCCUCGAUGCACCGACUAUGAAUUCGCUCUGUGGCACAGUAUGCAUGUGAGUGAAACCGAAAAACCAACUGAUAACAUCCAACGGUGUUUCGCAGUUCCCCUAUUCCUACCAUAUCAUUCAUGCACAUGACUACGCGCCGCGAGUCCCGUUUUAUGAUAACAUUGAUCAAAUUGCACUUUAUCACCCGCGAACUGAAGUUUGGUACGACAACGACAUGCGAGAAGGCGACCCUUUUCUGAUUUGCGAACAAACUGAUCAGCCCUUUUGCAGGUUGUUUGUUUAUCGAAAAAGAAGUAAUAAAUGAAAUCUUUCGACUUUGCAGUAGUCAAGUGCAAAACCUCUCCACUCCCGAUCACAUGCACUACUUCAACAUGGACAUCAGCAGAUGGGCGGAUGACGGGUGUCCGCAGAACAAGGACGACUACAGGCCGAUCGAAGGAACACAUCCGAGAAUCUUUUUUAAUGAAUCGGGCAUAAAUGUAUUAGUGAAAUGA